AUGCCGGAGCCCGGGCCGGACGCCUCGGGCACUGCUAGCGUGCCGCCCCCGCAGCCGCCGGCCCAGCCUCCCGCGCCCAAGGAAUCCCCGUUCUCCAUCAGGAACCUGCUCAACGGAGACCACCACCGGCCUCCCCCGAAGCCUCAACCGCCCCCAAGAACGCUUUUUGCGCCGGCCUCUGCCGCCGCCGCAGCGGCCGCAGCGGCCGCGGCCGCAGCCAAAGGUGCCCUGGAGGGCGCCGCGGGCUUCGCGCUCUCGCAGGUGGGCGACCUGGCUUUCCCCCGCUUUGAGAUCCCAGCGCAGAGGUUUGCCCUGCCCGCGCACUACCUGGAGCGCUCCCCGGCCUGGUGGUACCCCUACACCCUGACCCCCGCCGGUGGCCACCUCUCGCGACCAGAAGCCUCUGAGAAGGCCCUCCUGCGAGACUCCUCCCCUGCGUCCGGCACCGACCGCGACUCCCCGGAGCCACUGCUCAAGGCUGACCCCGACCACAAGGAGCUAGACUCCAAAAGCCCGGACGAGAUCAUUUUGGAAGAGAGCGACUCGGAGGACGGCAAAAAAGAAGGCGAGGCGGUGCCCGGUGCGACCGGGCCAACUGUAGGGGCGACUGCGGCGACUCCCGGCUCCGAAGACUGGAAGGCGGGGGCCGAGAGUCCCGAGAAGAAGCCGGCGUGCCGCAAAAAGAAGACACGCACUGUCUUCUCCCGUAGCCAGGUCUUCCAGCUCGAGUCCACCUUCGACAUGAAGCGCUACCUAAGCAGCUCCGAACGUGCGGGCCUGGCCGCGUCGCUUCAUCUCACCGAGACGCAGGUCAAGAUCUGGUUCCAGAAUCGCCGCAACAAGUGGAAGCGACAGCUGGCCGCCGAGCUGGAGGCCGCCAACCUGAGCCACGCCGCCGCACAGCGCAUCGUGCGCGUACCCAUCCUCUACCACGAGAACUCUGCGGCCGAAGGUGCGGCGGCGGCCGCGGGGGCCCCGGUGCCCGUCAGUCAGCCCCUGCUCACCUUCCCGCACCCAGUCUACUACUCGCACCCGGUGGUCUCGUCCGUGCCACUGCUACGGCCGGUGUAA